AUGUUCGUUCCUUUCAAAAAGAGUAAAGACAAACAACCGACAACAACAAGCAAUAGUACUACAUUGCAUGCUUCUUCCUCGAAUACUGUUGCCUCAUCAUGUGCUACUUUCAAUACAAACACCUCUUUGAAUCAUGCUAAUACCAACCCUCUGACAGCAACUCCUUCUUGCUCCAUAAACCAUGGUGCAAUAACACUACCAUCGAUUUCAAACAAUGACACGCAUCGGAACUACCUGCCAAAUGCCAGCAUUCCAUCAUCCUCUCAUCACCAUCAUACAACAUCAUUAGUCGUUACUACACCACCACCACCACCAACAGUUGAUCCCAACAAUACAAGAGCAUCGGUUUGUUCCUCAUCCUCCAAUUCCUCCAAUUCCUCCUCAAAGGAAGAGAAACGUAAAAGUCUCACUACGACUCACCUCGCUCGAUUGUUUCUCUCGAAUGGAAAUUCUGUAAAAAAAUCAAAUAAUUCAGUAGCAACCAACAACAACUCUGUAUCCAACAACAACAACAAGACAUUGUCCAUAUCUUCCUCAAAUCAAAACGCACAACGACAACCUUUUAAAUUUCAAAAUGAUGUUCCAAAGAUUAGUGUCACACUCACAGACACAACGUUGAGUAAAAUCAAUGCAAGUCCUAAUAACUUUCAAUCAACAUUGGAAAGAAAGUCCUCAAAGAAACAACAAAAAAGAAGAAAAUAUAAAAGAAAUAAGGUGACACGAAAGCCCAAGUUUUUUUCUGAAGACGGUAAUGCAGUUAUUAAGGAAAUAGAAAUGUUAGAAUUGGAUUAUGAUUAUGACUACAUGUAUGGAGAUUUACCGGAUGAGCUCAUUAUCAAAAUAUUUCAAUAUAUUCCUGUUGUCUAUUUGGCAAGAGAUGUUGCAGCUGUUUGUAAACGAUUUGCUGUGUUGUGGAUUCGAGGAGUUCACACAGUUCAAGUAGCAGGAGCUCUUCGAAAAUUGAAAGAAGAUGAUUUUGUAAAGUUUGUAAGAAAAUUUGCCUUUUUAGAAGUAUUAGAUUUGUGUAAUACUGGAAGUAGUGAAGACUUUCAAAUUACGGAUAAGGGUCUUCUUCAACUGGCUCACAAAUACAUUUAUUCGAAUGCAGACUAUUUAUCAAAUCCUGCUAUUGAUCCACUCAGUGGUAAUUAUGAUCUGAAUUUUGAUUAUGAACAACAUUUAGAUUCACUCGAUGAAUCUCCAAGUCUCUUCUCAAGUAAUAUGGAUUCUCAAUCGUUCAAUGACGAUGAAAAUGAUAACACAGAAAAUAUUGGAAUUGAAGAAGAUGAUGAUGUUUAUUCAGUAACUUCAACUGCAUCCACUGAUGUGUCAGAAAGAGUGUUAAAUAGAGCUCAAAAUAGAGCACAACACAAAUCUGCUAAUUUUCCAAUUUCUACUCCUUAUAACAUGCUCUUUUAUACUCAACUUUAUCAGAAAAGCUAUGGAAUGAUGGCUCCAAAAAAGAAUCCAAACAGUAGAGAACCAUGCUAUGGAUUACAAACUCUUCACACACUGAAUGUUCAAGGUUGUCACUUUAUUACUGAAAAUGGUGUUAAAUAUUUGACUUAUAUUUGCCAAAAUUUAACACAUCUCAAUGUGAGAGGUUGUACCAAAGUGAAUGACUCUGCCAUGUCCUAUGUUAGCCAAUUUUCACAACUGGAAUACUUGGAUGUCACAGGAUGUGUACACAUAACAGAUGUUGGAAUGAAACAUUUAUCUCAAUCAGCUUGUAAAAGCAAGUUGAAAUAUUUAGACUUGACAUUUUGUCAUCAAAUCACUGAUGAAGGUGUAAAAUAUUUAUCUGAAAUGACCCAGCUCGAAGAUUUAACGCUUCAAUGUUGUAGACAUAUCACUAGCACAGGCCUCUCCCACCUUGUGAAUUCUUGUCAGAAAAUUCGCUUUCUUAAUUUAACAGGUUGUCACUUGGUAGAUUUGUCAGGAGUUCAAUCAGAAAAGGGAUUAGAGAAACUUGAAAAGUUGAACAUGAUGGGAUGUAAGCUUACCAACGAUUCUUGUCUUAAAGUAUUGUCUCAAUGGACAACAAAUUUAAGAGAAUUAGUUCUCUCAUUCUCUGACAUGAUCACAGAUGCAGGUGUUGAACUUGUAUUGAAAAAUUCAAAACAUCUCUAUCAUUUGAAUCUCAAAAAGUGUUCCAAUAUUACAGAUAAGACAUUAGAGUCCAUUUCCAAGCACCUGAGUGGAGUUUUGAGAUAUCUAAAUUUGACAAGUGUGAGAGGUUUCACUAACGAAGGUCUUCAUCAUUUGCAACAUUGUCAAUAUUUACAAGAAUUAAUUAUACAAAGAUGUGUUCAUGUCAACAACGAUGGAAUUGCAAACCUACUCAGCUGUCCAUCACUAGAAACUCUUGAUAUUUCUGAAAAUACUCUCGUAAGUGAUGACAUUGUCAAAACACUUGCCAAGAAGGGAACAUUGCGUCAUUUAAAAAUUGAGAAAUGCAAAUUUGCUAGGGAAACCAUUCAUACUUUGACUCAUCAUCAUGGUAUUUCAGUCACUCAAUAA